AGUGUGAUACGCAACUUGUUCCGCAUCCUCCGCCGUCCCCUAUUCUUUCAUUCUCUUGUCCCUUGGGAAAUGCAAUGAUGGAUGUCCAUGAAGCGCAGCGAGUCCUGACGGACUCAGUCGAAGCGCUGUCUAAUUUGUUUCAUCGCUUGCCCGGUUCCGCCAUCUUUCUACGAUACGUCAAGUCCAGUUACCAGAACGACCCCGUCCGCUCGGCUGUCGAACUGUUCCUCUUCUUGUUCGCUGUUCGUUAUCUUCUUGCUCCCAAGUAUUCUACCAAACCAGGCAUUGUCAAGCUCUCGGAAGAAGAAAUCGAUGAUCUCGUCGAUGAAUGGACUCCUGAGCCCCUUGUGGCCAGCCCGACCGCUUUGGAGCAAACCGACGUGGAAAAAAGAACUGUUAUCGUAGGACCAACCGGACCCAAAGUGAAAUUGUCCAAUGGCCGAACCGUGACGAAUCUGGCCUCCUAUAACUAUUACAAUUUUACAUCAAACGAAACAUUGAAGGAGAAGGCUAUUCAGACACUACGCACCUACGGCGUUGGACCUUGUGGACCGCCGGGUUUCUACGGUACCCAGGAUGUGCAUAUGAAGACCGAAGCCGAUGUUGCAGCCUUUCUAGGAACAGCAGCAUGCAUCAUUUACGCACAGGCAUUUUCUACUGUUUCCAGUGUGAUCCCUGCUUUUUCGAAGCGUGGAGACAUAAUUGUAGCCGACAAGGGCGUUAGUUUUGCUAUUCGCAAAGGUAUUCAAAUAUCGCGGAGCACAGUACGAUGGUAUGAACACAAUGAUAUGGAGGAUCUCGAACGUGUGUUGGAAAAAGUGACCAGAGAACAAGCGCGGAAGCCAUUGACUAGACGAUUCAUAAUCACCGAGGGUCUCUUCGAAUCCCUUGGUGAUAUGGCAGAUCUUCCUAAAAUUGUUGAAUUGAAAUUCAAAUAUAAAUUCCGCCUUCUUUUGGAUGAGACCUGGUCGUUCGGAGUUCUCGGGCGGAAUGGACGAGGCAUCACUGAACACCAGAAUGUCGACCCUACAGAAAUUGACAUGAUUGUCGGCUCCUUGGCUGGUCCCAUAAUCGCCGGAGGUGGAUUCUGUGCGGGAUCCGAAGAGAUUGUCCACCAUCAAAGAAUUUCAGCAUCUGCGUACACCUUCUCUGCUGCUCUUCCUGCAUUAUUGUCCACUACUGCCAGUGAAACCAUAACGAUGAUGCAAAAUACGCCAGACCUUUUCACACAGCUUCGGUCCAAUAUCAAAACAAUGUGGUCGCAGCUUGAUCCUCGUAGCGACUGGGUAUACUGCACAAGUGCCCCGGAAAAUCCCAUGAUGAUUUUAGUAAUUAAACCGGAAGUCAUUUCGUCGAGAAGGAUGUCAAUCGAGGAUCAGCAGUCCCUAUUGCAGGACAUUGUCGACGAGGCCCUGGCAAAUGGCGUACUCAUCACUCGGCUGAAGUGCUUGCCCGACAAUGUCACGCCAAAGCAGCAAGUCCUUCCUGCUCUCAAGGUCUGUCUUACAACCGGCUUGAGCAAGCGGGAAGUUGAAAAGGCGGGCACAACGAUUCGACAUGCAAUCACAAAGGUAUUGAGCAAGAAGCGCUAAAUGAGUGAUCUUAUGGAUGACUUGAUCUUCUGCUAUAGGCUGCCGAGCGUCUAUAAAAAUAUUUUUGACUGUAUUCUUAUUCCUUGUGGAUUGCUUAGGUUUGCUGUAUAGGACAAACAACCUGCUGGGCGCUGCUUGUCGUAUCUUCUGCGGCAUUGCUAGUGUAUAUGCCUACAGGACAUUCAACCCUCAUUCAAUAUUGACAAGUAUAUUAAUAGAAUAAAUAUUUUAAUCUUAAUGGCGAGUGGAUGAAAUUGUUGAUGGUUUCAAAA